AUGGCGACUAUCGCACCUCCCUCCGGAAUCUGUACACUGGCGGACCUUCCUCUCGAACAUCUCAGCCUCUAUCACGUCGUCGACCCAUGUUUAUCAUCCAUCUUCGUCUUCUAUGGCGCCGUCUCUACCGCCAAUGCUACAGUGAGCAGUUCCCGUAUUCAGGCCCAUAUAUUCACACCCGCCGGGUUUCAAAGUUACCCUCGGAUUACGGUGUCCCCGGCUGCCCCCGUGUAUGCUGCGGUCAACCACCUACCCCGCGAAAAACAAGGUGAUGAGGUGUGUCGUGGACUUGCAGUCAGCAUGCUGAGAUAUUUUGCCGAGCUGUCGGAGCCGGUGAAGCACCGUCUGACUGGGGUGGCUCGCACUGGAAGACCGGGAGGAAAGGUCCCCAAGAUGUUUGAUGAGAUGCAUGCUGCAGAUCUUGCCAACCGUAUGACAAAGGUGGAUGAUUCUUUGGAGAUUAUUCAGGAUAUUCGGAGCGCAUAUCAGGAACGCAAGGUACCAUGGGUCGACAUUGAUGUGGUGCUUCCUACGGGUACUAUACAACCAUUCCAACGGCGAGAGAGUAUGGGAUCAGAUCUUGAGGGAGGUCAGAAUCCGCAGUAUGGUCCAUACACACCCCUGAUAGAGGCGUUGGGAGAUCCUAUGUUUUUGCCAACAGCUCGAUUGAAGCGUGCGCCGUCCCAGCCGACCAAUGUCAGCAAAUCACGGCUGUUCGCAAGAAGCCAGAAAGAAGCUCUUCGUCUUACCAUGUGUGAGCUUGUGGAUACCGAAGAGAGAUAUGUCGCCAAACUUUAUUCUCUUGUGCAUGAAGUGGCCGACGAGUUUCGGCAAAAGGCCGUGGGCAGAGGACCAUCCAGCAACAGCCCCGACGAGGCAGCUUUGGCGGCAUUAUUCCCACCAUGUUUGAAUGAAAUUCUGGAAGUCAACCUGGGCUUUCUCGAUGUCAUUCGUCAUGUGCUUGAUGAAACAGAGAAAGAUGCCAUCACAGAUAUUGGUCAGGACACGGAGCUGCCUUCUAAUCGUCGGGGUUUGCCAAGAGAUAGAUCGGAUCCGCUUGGAAUUCUGGCAUUCGCAAAGGCCCUCUUUGAAUGGCUACCACAAUUUUCACAGCCAUAUGGAGACUACAUGCGAGCACAUACAGGCUUCACGCAAACUCUGAAUUCGUUCAUGAAAGAUAAGAAUUCUAGCUUUUCCAAGAGAGUAUACGAAACGGGAGAGCAGAGACUGCGCUCUCUGUUGAUGGAACCCGUCCAGCGACUACCUCGAUACAGUCUGCUGAUUGACACCAUGACUAGCAAUCUGCCCUUGGUCCAUCCUGCCGUGCGAACUCUGCUAAAAGCACGAGACAUUGUGAAGGAUAUAUGUGCGCUAGAGAAUAAUUCCCCAUCGAGCCACACCCAAAGCCUUCAACGCCUCCAAGAGCUAGUCAACGGAUGGCCAGCGAAAACAUUCCCUGAAGGUCGGCUGAUUACUGCAGUCGAUUUCAACGAAAUUACCCAGCCGUACCGUCUAGACACACAGUCAUCUGGCAGAAGCAGCACAGGGAUCAUGCUUCUUUAUAAGAACUGCCUAGUCCUUCUAGAGAAACCCGCCGAAAGCCGGACUACGGCACGUGGUCUGCUGGCUGAUAUCGACAAUGCGGCCGCUUCAACCAAUGACAUGUCCAUGUCUUUGCCACAAUCCGAACUCCAGGUUGUGCAGGUGCUAGACUUUCAUAACGUGCGUUGUAUGCAAUCCACGUGUGGUCGAAUUUUGUUCGCCGUGCCAAUUUCAGCCAAGUCCUCAAAAGAAGAGACAAGCUCUGACCUGCUUGCAUUGGAACUGGCUGGAACGUAUGAAGGAAGAGCCAAUCGACUGAUCGAAGAAAUAUCCAAGGCGAAGAUUGAGGGUCGAUUCCCCGAGAGUGAAAGAGAAGGAGGUAAAUGGACGCUAAGAAGCCCUCCCACCGGGUCUGCGAGUAACGUGGGAAUACUCGCCUGUGUGUGCGAGGACGGUGAAAGUGCCGCGCUCGACCAGAUUCAGGCAUCCCCAAUACGCAUUGUUUUUGAUACAUCCAAGGCGACCUGCGGUCAAAUGUUGAGAGGUUCCAACCUUGAGGUCAUCAUAUCAAUAUCUCCUCCAAAUGGAGAUCAAUACAGACUAGAUAUCGAUUCUGUGGUUGGAUCUGGGUCUACAGAUUUGAUCACGGUGGACACAUUUAUUUCCACUCUUUCGCGACGUCUUCAAUAUUUGCUCUCGCCUCUGCAUAGCGCCCGAAACCCAGCAUUGACGAACUCAUUGGUUCAUUCUAAUUUUGAAAUUCUUCGGUACAUCGCGAGCAGCUUAAUCACGCAGGUCAAGUCUUCACGGGGCUUCCGGCCACCUUCGCCGACCAAACUAAUCUCAAACCUGUUGGGGGGUAGCCGUGAUAAUGUGCCCACUCUCAAGGGGCCAGGGUCGGCCACUCUUACCGGCGAAUUCCCAAAAAUGCCUCCGCCAAGAGUGAAUCUGUCGAGAUCGAACACUCUACCUUCGGCAUUCCCAGGAAAAGACAAGGACAAGGACAAGGAAAAGGAGAAAGAGAAAGAGGAAACCGGGAACAGGAUAUCUGUCGUUGGGACAUCUGCCUCCAAGGGAUUGGAUACUCAGUUCGGGUUGCUGGAGCAGACAUUUGCAGCCUAUGUGCUUUCUCUGCAGUCUCGGAGUGGAAACAUUCUGGGUCGAAUGCUUCGGGUCAGAGAUCACGUUGACCGGGCGCCGGUCAAUGAGCUCUACAAUAUUUUGCUAGAAGACCCGAGCAGAAUUCAGGCUGCCGCCGAAGUGCCAGUUGAUACGCUUUUUGUCGCUUUCGAAACCUUUUUGGCGAAUGCUUGGAGAACAAGUAUGGGCCCCGUCUUGAGCUCCUCUUCUCUGAAAUGGAUUCAGAGCCAGUUUGACACCAUGAUACCGCGGGAUUUUGAUGAGCAAUUUCGGAAAUUUGUGACAGACAUGAGCCCGCAAAAUAGACGAGCUCUAGCUGCGAUUAUUCGACUACUUGCCGAGCUACUCGAUGCAUCUGGAAAUGACGGAGAUCGCGGUGCUUUGACGAUGGCAUUUGCGGAGGUACUCACCGAAGACGGAGAUCCUAGCCAUCAUGUCUCCCUUUUGGACCGACUGGUCGAAGACUUUGACAACCUCUUUGAAGAAUUUAUUCCUGGGGGUACCUCAGUGGAAGGAACACUGACCUGCGAUCAAUCGAAAUCACAUGCCAAUACCGGGUCAGUCGGUUCCAAUUCUUCCUCUUUCCGGAAACGCUUCGGCUUCGGUAUGUCUAGAGAUACUCCGAAAAAUGAAGGCGAAAGCAAAGUCGCAGCAAUUCUACGGACAUUAAGCAAGAAGCAAAGCCCAGCCGGCUCGGAGCUCAAUACGCCCAAGGGUUCUUUGAUGCGCUCAAAGUCGACUGAUGUGGACUCUCGUCUGGGCUUCCUUCGCCCUACAUCGCGCGAUCGUCCUACAUCCCGUGAUCGCCCUACAUCUCGUGAUCGCCCUAUCUCUCGCGGUAGCCCUGCUUCUCGCGAUCGGCCUUUAUCCCGUGACCUUCCGUAUCGUCCGUACGGGUUUGCAUCUGAGGAGCAAAUCUCGAGGCCAGGCACUGGGUACGACAACCCACCCUCUCUAUCUUCUUUCCGAGGAUUCUCUGAGGAUAGCGUGCGAAGAACUCGCAAAAAAAGAAGGAGCUCCCUUUCGGAUAUACGACCACUCACAUCAUCCUCAGAUGCAUCCAGUAUCUCUCCAACUCAACAGCUCCGCCCGACGACCCCUUCCAGUCGCCCUCAAGGAGAAGUGGUAACGCCCACCAACCAGUCCAGGCCUCAGAGCAGUUACAUACCAACACCACCUAUGCGUGGUCAGUCACCAAUGCGUUCUAGGCCGCCAGCAAAAUCCGGGUCACCGACGCGACUAGGAUCACCCAUUCGCCGUCUGUCUCCGCCCCGCCCUUCGACGCCGAGCAGGAAGGAGAACAUUGAUCCCAGGGCUCCACAGAUGGAGCGUGCAUUUAAGUCCAGGGGCAGUGUAUCAGAAUCGCCAGCCGAUGAGUCAAGGAGGAGAUCCCAAACGUCAGGCAUCCCCCAGCGGAUUCCGGGCCUUCGGGAGCGGCCAAGCAGCAACGCUUCCGAUACCAAGCGACCACAAUCCUCGUCUGGCUUGCAAAAACCACAGAAACCGCGGAUGCAAAGCCCACAAAAGUUACGCGAUCGUGUUCAACUAGAAAAGAGAACCCAAAACUCUACCCAAUUGGGCCUGAAGGACGAGCUCACGGAGCUUGGUAACGAAUUACGUUCUCUGAAGCUCACACCACCAAGGAAACCCAACGCAAUGAACUUGGAGUUUGAUUUUGACCGUACAGACAUCAAUCCACAUGCUGCUACCGCCGCGUCCCUUGAAGCUCGCAUGCGCAAUCUUGAAGCCCGAUUUGAGACAGUUACUGGGGAAUACAAGUGCCGCACAUCCGCUCUCGAGCGAGACCUGGAGUCGUCCUUGGUUCUUAGCGAGAAGCGUGUUAAGAAAUUGGACGAGCUUUAUCGUGAGGCAAGCGCCGAGAACGAGGCUCUCUAUGAUCGGUUUAAUACCGAGCUCAGCAAGAUUGCGAAGGAUGUCCGAUUGGGCCACGCAGAAGACGCGUUGAAGUCUCAACUGGCAAGUGCCCUAGACGAGAUCGGCCGAGUGAAGAAAGAAAACUUCCGCUUGAAACGAGAAGUCGGAGGUCUUCGAGCCCAGUCAGCUGCCGCUGCACUGCUGAAGGCGAGCGAGCAAUGA